AUGAACGACCCAGGCCUCGACGAUGCUAUCUCCAAUGAGGCCAAGGUUCUAGACCAGUCGUCAACUGGGCAAGGAGCUAAGAGCAUUACUUCUGACGAGAAACAGGGUGGUGCAGAUGCAGAUGGCCCUCAUGCAGCGCGGUGGUGGUUGGCUAGUACUGCGUAUCCGUUGGCAGCAGGUACAUUUGGCCCCAUGGCUAGCGCCUUCAAUGUAUGCUCUCUGUCACAGCCAUGGCGAAUGGAACUUGGGGGUAAAGUGAUUCCCGAUCCGAAAUGGGUCACCGCGAUCAAUGCAAUUUCCUUGUUCUUUGCCCUCAUAGCCAACCUUUUUCUGUCCCUAAAUAUGGCCCGCCGGAUUCGCUUUGAGGUUGCUCAGCCGAUCAUGAUCAUCGGUUGGUUCAUUUCAUCAGCACUUCUCAUCGGGAUCCUCAUUCCCGUCGGGGUAUUGAUGUACAAACCCGAGAACGACGGACGCAUCUACGCACAGAGCUAUUUCUACGGAGCCUUCGCCGCCGGUUUAUAUUUCAUCAUCUCGUCCCUGCUCUCUGUGACGGCAUAUGGGGCUUAUACGGGCCACUAUGAUCGAGAAUUCAAACUGACAACCAGUCAGCGGACACUCAUGCUACAAACGAUUAUAUUCUGCAUGUAUCUGCUUCUAGGUGCUGAAGUCUUCGCUACCGUAGAAGGAUGGCGAUUUUUAGAUGCCGUCUAUUUUGCCGACUAUACCCUGCUCACCAUUGGUGUCGGGAAUUAUUCCCCGCAACGCAUGUUGGCCGUGCGUGGUCGACAAAAGAUCUCUGACCUUCUCACGGAGCAUACACGCCGACUACUCGUCAAGCAAGCUGCUUCCGAUCGCCAUCGUUUUCGAGGUUUCCUUCCAAAUCUAUCAGUCGUGAAUGACGAAAACGCUGACAUCAGCGAGCGCGAGCGACAGAAACUAGAGUUCAUCACCAUGCGUCGUAUACGCCAGGUAUCCACCGUCCAGUAUAAGUGGGUUUCCCUGCUGAUUUCGGUGGUGGUGUGGAUGGCGAUGUGGACAAUCGGCGCCAUUGUUUUCUGGCGCUCCGAAGACGAACGGAACUGGACGUAUUUCGAAGCGCUCUACUUCGCCUACACAACCCUUUUAACCAUCGGGUAUGGCGAUUUCUACCCAAUAAGCAGUCUAGGCAAAGCAUUUUUCGUCUUUUGGUCUCUCCUCGCCGUCCCAACAAUAACCAUCCUCAUUUCCAACAUCAGCGACACACUCAUCAGCUCCAUCCGCGAUUUGACCAUCUUCCUCGGCGAAAUAACAAUCUUACCCGGCGACGCGCCCUUCCAUGACCGCAUCCGGGACGUACUACACAUCUCAUGGCGAGAGCGGCGAGAGAGACGGUUACAGGAAAUCACCGGCGAGCACGACAACUCACAAGAGAUGUUCAGCAGAUCAGCAACACCGACCGGAGAACGGGAAACCACCAACACCAGCAUGCCAACGCCACCACCGUGCACCGAACGCGGAGCCCUCGAAGCAGAAGAGCGUAAAAGGGAAAAAUCCGCCCGUGCGCGCGGCGAUGUGGCCGCAGAGAACGUGCAUCACUAUCACUACCUGCUUUUCCGAGAAAUUCGCACAAUGCUGGACUAUUCGCGCAUUAAUAAGCAUAAACCUGCUGCUCCUGUCCCGGAUACGUUGAGCGAGAAGCAAAGGGAUGAAGACCAGGUGCAGAAGGAUCGGGGUUGGAGCUGGAUUGAUAAGAGGAAUCCUUUGGUUGGGGAGAAGAGUGAGGUUCAGUGGUUACUGAAUGCGUUGACGGAUGCUUUGGAGCGAGAAUUGAAAACUGCUAGUCGGUCGUUUCAUUCACCGGGUGGAAGUGAGGUUGAAGUGGAGAAGGAGAUCAGUUCUGCUGCUGGCGGUAGGUAG